CAAACCCAAACCGGUACCUGCUAGCCUACUAGUCGCGUUUGUAGUUCUCUCACCCCGUUUGAUUCGCGGCGGUGUUUGUAGCGGCAUGUUCGGACAUUAGCGCAUAUACGGAUGCGAGCAGCUGACAGUGAAAGAAGAUUAGUCGCAAUGUAAUCGUGUGAAAAAGUGCGAAAAAUAUCUAAAAUAAGUGCUUUAAUCUAUUCCGCACCAAUUUCAGCCCCCUAAAACAUAAUCGAACAAAACAUGAAAACGCCUGCAACGAUUCCCAUUAUACUUGGUCUAUCGCUCUUGAGCGUUGGCGGUGCUUGUGUAUAUGCAUUUUUAAAGAAGAAGAAAGAUCCCGUCGACGAUGCAUCCAGCGAAGACGGAUUCUCCAAAAUCGCCAAACUGAUGCGAAUGAUGAGUAGGGAGGAAAUUAAGGUAAUAGAGAUAACAUUAUCGAACAAAAUUGUACCACUGGUGAUUGGGCGAAAGAGUUGUACCUUACAACACAUUCAAAACAGUACGAGAACGGAGAUCACUUUCCGAGAAAAGGAUGAGCUGCACCAAGUCUGUGAAAUUCGAGGAACCGAAACUGGAAUACGAGAAGCGGAAGAAUUAAUCAUGAAAGAAGCUACUCGCCAGAUUAUAUUCACCGAAGAAGUAUUAGUACCGCAAACUGCGUGUGGAAAAAUUUUAGGAAGGUGUGGCGAUGCGCUGCAAGAAAUCUGUCGUAAAUCUAUGGCGAAGGUGUGGAUCGAAGGGACUCGCACUCUCGGCGAAAGUCGUCGCAUUAUGAUAACUGGGACUGAGAAUCAAAUCAGCGUUGCGAAGUCACUGAUCGACCAAAAAGUAAAAGAUGACACCGAUCUCAGACGAAGCCAGGAACAUUUGGAAAUUCGUAGGGAGCCUCGCAUUCGCACACCUCCGGGUAGCGUUACUGCUACUCCAACUCCCCGAGAAGUGCUUCCACCGACGGUUGAGAAGCUCAAAACAACGAACUCCUCCGGUCAACUAGAGGUAUUCGUGUCCGCGGUUGUUUCACCCAGUCGAUUCUAUCUUCAGCUUAUUGGACCGCAGUCAACUGAACUGGAUAUUCUGGUGGAAGCUAUGACCGAAUACUACAAUCAGCAGGAAAGCCGCGAGCUUCACCAGAUUCGUAAGCCGUACCUCGGUCAAAUUGUUGCGGCGGAGUACAAUGCAGACAGUAAAUGGUACCGUGCUGAAAUAGUCGCUAUUUUGCCGAAUGAGUUCAAGCCCGGGGAAAUUGUUCUAGAUUUGUACUUCGUCGACUAUGGCGAUAACCAGUAUAUUCAGCCAUCGGAAGUAUACGAACUACGGCCGGAUUUCUUAGCGCUCCGAUUCCAAGCGAUUGAAUGUUUCCUUGCACAAGUGGAACCGAACAAUACAGUCACGUCAACUACUGGCGAAGAUCAAUGGGAACCAACGGCUAUUAGCCGAUUCGAGGAGCUCACCCAUGUGGCUCAAUGGAAAAAACUUCUUUCGCGUAUAUCAACUUACAAAAACAAAGGCCACCGCGGGGCUCGUGAGGGACGUGAGGGUUCGCCCAUUCCUGGGGUAGAGCUGUACGACACUACUCCGGACGGUGCCGACAUCAAUAUCGCCCUGGAGCUGGUCAACGAGGGUCACGCAAAGACAACAAUGAAUUUUGGUGAUCUAAAUCGAAGCCACGUUCUACGACUCGACGGAGGUUCGCAGACAUCCAGUUUUGAGAGACUUAAUGAUCUAUCAUCGGAGUCAACCACAGGCUCAAUCUCGUCCAUCGUAUCAACGAUUAAUAUCAGCAGAAAGACACUGCAGCAAAGUGCCAAUGAGGAACCAACCUCAACCGAUUCGUUCAGCACGGUAUUACCCGAGUUCACAGCAACGAGUUCCACAGAACAUGAAAAGUCUGAAGAUGGCAGUGCCAACCAAACCGAACCAACAAGUAGCUGCCUUGCAGACUCCAGCGAUGCAAUCAAAAAAGAUAUUGCUUUUAAUAACAUUCUGCAGGCAGAAAAUACGAGUCUAUGUUUAAAAAAUGAUAGUUCAAAUAGUGUUACGACGAAUAGUCGAAACAAUGACACGAUCAACAGUAAUGGGCUGCACUCCCUUGAUUGUAAUGAGUUUGUGAAAUAAAAUGCACCAUCAAACAAUGAUCUAAACACUAUAGAACGACAGUUUAGCUACCUGAAAUGAAAGUAGCAAUCUUGUUAAUUUAAAUUAUUCCUAUCAAUUAAACAUUAAAAUCAGAUAAUACAGUUUGUUCUCAUCUUAUGUACUAAGUGAUUAAGUAGAAGCAGCUAAAAAGGUUCUAUCACAGAUUAUCUGUGGAAUUAUGUUUCAAAUUAGAUUAAUUAGAAAACUUGAUUACAUUUGGAGCAAAAAAACAGAGAUCUUCCUUGUUACUAAAUGCUUCUUUAUUUAAAACAUUUCUAGCAUAAACUGAAAUGUUACACAAGUUUUUACUAGAUAAAACGUUGGAAUCUAUUUUUGAAAAUUUUGGCUUAGACGUUAACGGCGUUUCUAUAAUAAUUUUUUUACGAAUGAGAAUUUUUUUCGAAAAAUAAACGACAGGCAUGCAAUGCCUUAACCUUUGAUGCACAGUAUUUCAAAGCUAUAAAAUUGUAUAUAAAUCUGUGUAACAUAAAACAUGGACGCUAAAGUGUCAAAGUAAAUAGACAAUCUUGCUGUUUUGCGUGUAAAAA